GCUUUGGAACGACUUCGUGAUGCAUCGUCUCAUCGCCGAAACAUUCGAAAACUGCGGGAUUACGCAAAUUGAGAUCCCCAAGUGUCACGGAUUCAUUCCAAGGAGUCAUAAGCAGUUCUGGGAUAACAACCUCGACCUCACCAACGCGGCUAAGGAUAUUUGCAACCUUCCGGCCCAUGCAUUAUAUGCGGAACGCAUUCUUCCACUCCCGAAAACGACCCGAACCCUCCUCAUCGAGAAAUUCUGCCCCAGAAAAGUGAAGACUGAGGCAUUCAAUGCUGUCUCCAACAAAGACUGCCUAGUGCGAGUGUACCUUGGGUCUCUCAACGGCAGGAGUAUCAACAGGUUUUUCAACUUAAGAAACCUAAAACUUUACCUCAAUCACAUGAUCGAAUUGAAGAUGGCCGUUGCAGGCAUAGCCUCUGACAUGGCUACUGCUCUUGCUGCCAUGCACUGGGCUGCAAAGACAGACGCUAGGGACGUGGAGUUUGUGCUGGGCAGUUCCACCAAACCUCUGUCAGGGAUAACUACGUCGGAGAUCGCUGCUUUACCACCGAACUCCUUAGCCGGCCCACAAAGCGGUAACCUUGAAGACUUCCACUAUCAGAGCACUGCAUUGUGGCUCUUGGACUUCAACCAAGUGCGUCGGAUCACCAUGGACGAAGCUGGUGUUGCAAUGGCUGUGGAGUCAUUUCUACUUAAUGACCCGUACUAUCCGCGGCCUUUUCAACAAAUCCCAGUCGCCAAGGCUCUCUGGAAUAUAUUCGUCCAAAAAUAUCUCGAGGAAUCAUCGGGACAUCUGAGAGAAGAAAGCGGCGAUGUGCGUCAGCUCCCAGGCUUAUUUCUUAGCGGGGUGAUGGAGGCCGAGCGAAAGAAGCUUGUCGACGACAGUGCUUAGGGGGAUAACUUUG